UCACGCAGUCAACAAAAAAAUAAAAAUCAUGAGAUCAAAAAUUCUGAUAGCCAACAAAAUAGAGAUACAAAUUGUAUGGCAAUACUUACCUUUAAAUUAGAAAAAUCUAAUAUUGGAAAUUCACAUCCACUUGAAAUUAAUCUUCAUUAUAUGCAUAAUCAUUUGCCAAGUCAUAUGAUAGCUAUAGCAAAACAUAUUUAUGAAGAUAAAUUACACUUAUCUGCAACAAAUAAUGAUGAGUUUAUACAUCUACUAGCUGAUCAGAUAAAGAAUCCAGAUAGUAAUUUUUUGCAACAUCUUUAUAAUCAAUUCUGCCUUGCACAACUUGGUGAUAGAAAUGGGAAAGGAAUAUUUGAGCAACUACAAGAAAUGGUUAUCAAAUAUAAUAAUACAAAUAAUAGUGAA